CAGCAUGGGAGGAGAACGGUGAGGAGAGGUUUGGGUGACCCUCGUGCGUCAUCUGUGAAUGGAUCAGGAUGCAGGGAUCUGCCUGCUGCCAGAGGCCUCCGCACCCAGCAAAUGCUGGCGCCGUCAUUAAGGUGUUCAUCCUCCUCCUGUUCUGCAGACACGCUGACUCGCAGUGCAAGAUCUUGCGCUGCAACUCCCAGUAUCUGGCCGCCACGGAGAACCUGGACGACUCGGACGCGACGGGCGCUCGCUGCGACGCUUUGCGCGCCUACUCCAGCUGCACGCGCCGCACGGCCCGCACCUGCCGCGGGAACCUGGCGUACCACUCUGCUGUGUACGGCAUCGAAGACCUCAUGAUCCAGAACAACUGCUCCAGGGAGGGACCCACUUCCCUGCCCCAGCCGCCCCAGCCGCCCCCCGAUCACCAGGGCUUCACCUCCCUGGACAUCUGCGACUACGAGAAGAGCUUUGCCCGCAAGCAUGGGCGACCCCCUGCGUACCAGCACUGCGCCGCCUUCGGGGACCCCCAUGUACGCACCUUCAGGGACCAGUUCCACACCUGUCAGGUGGAGGGUUCCUGGCCGCUCCUGGACAACAACUACCUGUAUGUGCAGGCCACCAGCUCUCCCGUCGUGAAAGGGUCAAACGCCACUGCCAUCAGCAAGCUCACCGUCAUUUUUAAGAACAUGAAGGAGUGCAUCGACGAGAAGGUCUACCAAGCGGAAAUAGACAACCUGCCAGUGUCUUUUGUGGAUGGUUCCAUGAAUGGUGGAGCGAGGCCCGGGGGGAGCAGCCUGGUCAUCUACGAGCGCACGCCAGGGCGGCAUGUGGAGAUCCGAGCAGCGCACGUUGGCACCACAAUUGCUGUGCGCCAGGCGGGCAGGCAGCUGUCCUUCUCCAUCCGGGCGGCCGAGGAGGUGGCUCUCUCCUUCACAGACGAGCAAGAUUUGCAGCUCUGCGUGGGAGGUUGCCCGCCCAGCCAGCGCAUCUCUCGAAGCAAGGUUGACGGCAGCGGUGCCCUCGAGAAGGCCCGUCUGCUGUGCAAGGAGAAGCUGCCCGUCGAGGAUGUCUACUUCCAGGCUUGUGUCUUUGACGUGGCGACUUCGGGGGAUGCCAGCUUCAUUCUGGCUGCCCGUGGGGCGCUGGAAGACGGCGAAGCGUACCACCCGGAUGUCAAGAAACUCCACAUCUUCCAUACCGACAGGGCUAUGCGCCCCUGCAGCUCGCCUCUCCUCAUUUUCACGUCCGUCAUUUUAGUCUGUCGCAUGCACUUUUAUUGGUGACUAUAUUCUGUAAUGCCAAGGGAUCAGGAGAUGUGGCUGGCUUCUCAUAAAGGCCUCAGCAAGCAAAGCCCAGGGCCUUAGAAGAAUUGAGGAAUGGGCUCCCCCAGCUCAUGUUGGAAUAUUGGUGCCCCUGGGAAAGCUCUCUCGCUAGCCCUUGCUACCCUCUUUGUGUCUUGCAGACCAGCUCCUUAAGGCCUGGGUGCUUCGUGGCAUCCUUUGGAGCAUCCGUUGCCACUGGGAUCCAUGGGAAUUGUAGUUUCCCAUGGAUCCCGGAAUUAAAAAUUCUUUGGCACAGGAUGCAUGGGAAACUUCGGUUCCCAUGCAUCCCUGUGGAAAUGGCGAUCAUGAGCCCUGCUCCCCUGGAAACAACACGUUGGCACAUCACUGGUUGAAACGCUGAACCAGUUUCCGAGGCUGAAGACAAGCAAGUGUGGAGUAGCAACUGAUAAGUUUCAGGAACUGGGCUGAAACAAUGAAAGUUGGACUCUCGAAGCAUGUACCUUUUAUUUUUAUUUUUUAGGGAGGAUGGGUUGGGAGAAACAGCAACAAGUGCCGGGCAUCCUCAGGUAACCUUAGAAACCAUGGCAAUCUACCCAACACUGUACGUUGUCAUUCCUUGGAAACGCUUCCUCCCAAAAGCCAAUUAUGGGUUAUUUAAUUCCUUCUGAAAACUGGUGACCCAUAGCUUUCUGUGCAAAUCUCUCUCACACAAAUGCUGGUCACUUUAAGCCCCCCUCCCCGUGUCAGUGUUUUGGGUAAACUACUCUGGGCCUGAGUAUCUGCCAGGAGUCAUUCACAACCAAACAUGAAACCAGAAACUCCUCAAAUAUCGAAGGCAGGGGUGGGGCGCUUGUGGUCAAUGGGAUGUUGGUCUAACAGGAUCUGGAGGGCAAGAGAUAUUCCCUGCAAGGGAUACGUCGAUGCCAUAACUUGGAAGGCGUGGACCCUGAACUCAUCAAGUCCCAAACGAACCCUGACGUUCCCCCAAAGUCUGUCCGUUUGUUUUCAGGCAAAUCCGUUUUCUGCCACUUUUCACGAUUCGGGAUCUGGAGAGCGAGGUUUAAAUGGUGCUUCUUUGAAGCACAUGCACUGUGAUGGUUCUGUUAAGGCUGGAGAGACAGCACUUCUUCAGAGAGCUGGGAGAAUCUUAUGGUUGACUUAAAGAAUGUCAAUGAAAAAGUUCACAUAUUUAAUAUAUUAAAGUUGACGAUGUUUCAUUUGAUAGUUGUAUCGCUUAGUGGUCGCCCUUUCCCACGGAGGCUGCUUGUUUGAGCCACAUGGAACGCUUGCUGUGGAGCAGUGCUUUAGUAACUGGUUUUCCAGUAACUGCUUUUCACUGUUGCCUAAGACCCCAUUUAAACCACCCAUUUAAAGCCCCACAAUAUCACUGCAAGCAGCCCUGGCUUCCCCCAGAGAAUCGUGGGAGGUGUAGUUUGUUAAGAUUGCUGAGAAGAGUUUGGAGACCUUCCUGUUCCCCUCCCAGAGCUACAAUUCCCUGAGUGGUUUAACCACUAAUCUCUCUCCAUUGGUUACUCUGGGAAUUGUAGCACUGGGAGGGGGCUAGGGCGUUGCCUAACAAUUCCCAGCGCGCUUAGGAAACUACAGCUCCCAGAAUUAUUCGGGGGCAGUCGUGAUAUGAUGCUUUGGAUGGAUGGUGUGAAUGGGGCAUAAACCUCUGGAGGCUGGAAUAGGCUGCUACAGCUUAAAGCUGUAGUACUUUUCCAGGCACUGAAAGGGGGGAAUCCUACAUUUCUCAGCACCAGAAAGGAAAACUGAGAGCGAUGGGAAAUGGAGAAGGGUCUGUGAUGAACCAAGGCUCUGUUCUUCCCCUCCAUGUCUCUCCUCAGAAACCCGACUCGGUUCCCGUCAGUUUCAGCUUCUGAACUCCACGCAUGCUGAUCGGUAUUGUUCUGCAAAGGGUUUGACAUUAAAAUAAUUUAAUUCUGAA